ACCACUUGAAGCAUUCGUUGUGUUGAACUAUUUCAGUUGCUUUUGUUUGAUUUGUUCAUGAAGGCAGGAAUUUUCUUCUAGUUGCUCUCAGCAAAUCAGUAAGGACUACGUGUCGAAGAGAGAGUAUAAAUGUCCUCAUCACAGCUGUGGUUUAUCUUUGUCUAUAGUCUGCUUUCUGAAUGACUACCAGAAAAUCACAUGGAUAACUUUUCAGAAAUUAAUGGAUUAUUCUACCAAUAUUACAUAUUUAACACUGGAGGGACAUGUAGAAUUAGAGCAUUACAGAUAUGUUUAUUUUAUAUUUACGCUCACUGCCUAUAUAAUGAUUAUCUGCUUUAACACUGUUAUCAUUUGUGUCGUAUUCAAAAAGAAACAUCUUCAUGAGCCCAUGUACAUAUUCAUUGCUGCUUUGCUUUGUAAUGCUCUCUUUGGAGCGACUGCUCUUUAUCCUAAACUGCUCAUUGAUUUACUUUCUGAAAAACAAAUAAUCUCUUUUGAAGCUUGUUUAUUUCAGGCAUUUUGCAUAUACACAUAUGGUGCAUCAGAGUUCACACUGUUAUCAGUUAUGGCCUAUGACAGAUAUGUGUCCAUCUGUAAACCUUUACAUUAUGCAUCUCUUGUAAAAAUGUCCACUGUCAGAAAUCUGUUAUUUUUAUCAUGGUUUUUGCCUUGUUGUGAAAUUGGUGUUGGUGUUAUUCUAGCAUCCCGACUUCAGCUGUGUAAAUUUAAAUUGAACAGACUAUACUGUGAUAAUUAUUCAGUUGUGAAGUUAAGCUGUAAAGAAACAUUUCUUAAUAACUUGUAUGGACUUUUUAUUUUCAGCAUUGCUGUAUUUCCUCCAGUGUUCUUCAUAAUCUAUUCUUAUGUCAGGAUACUCACUUUGUGUUUAAAGAAUUCUAAAGAUUUCAGAAGAAAAGCUCUACAGACCUGUUUACCACAUCUUCUCAUUUUCAUCAAUUUUUCCAUCAACACAAGUUUUGAAAUUAUAAAUUCUAGACUUGAAUCAAAUCAAAUUCCCCAAAUUAUUACCAUGAUCCUGUCAGUUGAAUAUUUAGUGAUUCCUCCUUUAUUCAAUCCUAUAAUAUAUGGAUUAAAAAUGCAGGAGAUUUAUAAUAAUAUUAAGAAAAUAUUUAAAUGUCAAACAAGAGUACAAGUUUUUUUUUAGAUGCUUCCUUUUUUGAAAUUUAAAAAAGUAUCAAUGAUUAUUAAUUGUUAUUCUAUUAGUCUGAUGUAACUAUAAUAAACAAAGUUUGAAGCUGGUAUAUCCGUUACACUAGCAUCCUGACUUCAGCUGUCUAAAUUUACAAAUGAAACAGAAUAUGUUCUCAUAAUUACUCAAUUGUUAAAUUGUGGGGGAAAUCUCUGAAUAAUCCAUUUGGAUUUUUAUUUUCAGCAUUACUGUAUUUCCUCUAGUGAUUUUCAUAAUCUAACUGUAUGUCAGGAAACUCACUGUCUAUUUAAAGAAUUCUAAAGAUUUCAGAAGAGAAGCUCUUCAGACCUGUUUAGGACAUCUUCUAUUCUGAAUCUAACUAUUCUGCCAAUGCAUGUUUUGAAGUAAUAAAUGAUCAUCAAAACAAAUUCCGCACGUUGUAAUG